UACAAGUGGGAGAAAGAGAGAGGGCGAGCGCAAAGCAAAAACGCUGCUGGUAAUCAAAAAUUACUGAAACCAUAAAACAUUCCAAAUGCUACGGUAAAAUAAAUAUCGUAUCAGUCGUACUUAUUGCAUUGCGCACCGAACACCUACAACGACAACACACCACAAACAACACCAUUCAACACACACCAAAAACAAUGAAUCGACAAGGUGCGCAGCUGGCACUUUGUUUAGUCGUAAUUUACCUGCUGGAAUCGAUCUCUGCUGGCGUCCCCCUCAAUAGAUACGAGACGCUGUUGAAACAGCAGUCUGAACCGCAGGACGAGCUGCUGGGUCUGUACGAUGGCAAAGAUAAGGUUGUCAAGCUAAACGUUAACAAUUUCAAUGAGACGGUGCUGGAACAGAAUCGCGGCUCGCUGGUUGAAUUUUACAAUACAUAUUGUGGGCAUUGCAGACGUUUUGCGCCCGUCUACAAAAAGUUGGCGGAGCAGCUGCAUCCGUGGCAGGAUGUGGUGAUUGUGAGUGCCAUCGAUUGUGCCGCAGAGGAGAACAAUGGCAUUUGUCGCACCUACGAGGUGAUGAGCUAUCCCACGCUGCGCUACUUGGGACCUAGCUUCCAGCCCACCGCCACGCAAUAUGGCGUCAAACUGGAGACACAAAAUCCCGACGAGUUGCGCUCGCUGCUCGCUGGUCUAGUGUCAGUCGAGAAUCAGACUGCGAAUAAUAUACAUUGGCCAAAUGUUGCGCCUGUUACGGAGUCUGAUUCGGCUGGUAAUCUGUUCGAGGAUCUGCAAAGCGUGCAGGAGCAGAUAGCGCUAAUCUUUGAGCCGGAGAACUCCACGCUGGCAAUUGAAACGGCGAUGUUUCUGUUGAACUGGCCAGCGGUGGAGGUGCGUCGUAUUAACGAUGCUACAAUUGCUGCUAAAUUCAAAAUUGAUAGCAAGCAGCAUCAGCUGGCGCUGCUGGAUCGGCGGGGUGCCAUCCAAAUACACACGCCAGCCAAUCAAACCAGCAUAGCCUAUGCCCAGGCCAUAGAAUCUGCGCUUCGUGCUUUGAACAUGACGCCCCGACCGCAAAAGCAGUUGCAGCAACAGCAGCAGCUCCCAUCUGCACCAAUCGGUCGCAAUCGAGAAGUCAGCGAAAUUAUCAGCGAGGUGCAUCGCAAUAAGCAUUUGAUAUAUCAAGCGGAUCUGGAGCAGGCAAUACGCACCAUUCUCCACAACGAGGUGUCCAAGCAGAAUGAGAUUGGUGGUGAGCCCCUGGUUGCUCUCCAGCGUUUCCUAACUGUGCUGGAACGUUACAAUCCGUUGGGCACCAAUGGACGGCAGAUGGUCAGCAAGCUGAGGGAGUUUGUGGUGCAGUUCAAUCAAAAGCUGUCGGGUCAACAGUUCGAACAGGAGCUGCGACGCUUGGUAUCGAAACUGGGUCAAAUAUAUUCCACCACAAAUUAUGUGGGCUGCACUGGCUCCAGUCCGCAUCUGCGCGGCUUUACCUGCUCACUGUGGACACUUUUCCAUUACCUGAGCGUACAGUCAGCCGGCAAUGAAGAGGCACAGGAUCCACUCGAAGUGCUACAGGCAAUGCAUGGUUACGUUCGGAAUUUCUUUGGCUGCACCGAUUGCAGCAACCAUUUCCAGGAAAUGGCAGCACGCCGAAAAAUCUGGAGCGUAGCCUCGAAAGACGAAGCCGUACUUUGGCUAUGGGCGGCGCACAAUGAGGUCAAUCAGCGACUAGCCGGAGAUGCGACCGAGGAUCCACAAUUCCCAAAAAUACAAUUUCCCAGUGCCAACAGCUGUGCUCAGUGUCGUCGGGCAACCGCAAAUGCCUCUAAGGACAGCUUGGAGUUGAACUGGAACAAGGAUGCGGUGCUCAGUUUCCUCAAGAACAUACAUAAUCCGCAAUUUAUCAGCCGCUAUGGUGUGCCGCGCGAGCAGCUGCAGCACGAGGCGCUCGUCAAGGAACGCCAGAAGCGUCAGAUCUCCAGCGUUUUCUCAGACAUGGAUGUGCGAAUGGGCAUGUUCCUGUAUGCCUUCUGCAUUUUCAUGAUGGUGUUGGCCUUCAAACUGUUCGCCUUUAAGGGCGGCUAUCGGAAGAAGCCCUACGGCCACGAUUUGCUCGGUAAAGUGUAAUUCAAACAAAUCGAGGAAUUACACUAAAAAAAAAAAAAAAAAGACACGAACACCGAAAGUGAUCGCAAUAUCGAACGACCACUUUUUAUUGUUUGUUUUUUGUAUGUAUGUAUGUAUGUGACACAAAGUAUUUAAGAUGAAAGUGUAUAUAUCAAUAAUCUUCCAGUUGUAAUCCUUUAUCAUAAUGACAACAAUCGCUUUUGUAAAAUUACGUAUUAAAAUGUUUUAUACACCAGCAGUCCAAAUAGAAGAAUAAAUUCUAUCUACGAACGAUUGUUUAUCGGCAAAUCA